ACCCAUCAUGAAGGUGAUGUCAAAUGUCAGCAGCAGGUUGGUGUUACAGUGUGAGUCUGCAGGCUGGUAUCCAGAGCCUGAGCUGCUGUGGUUGGACGGUGAGGGAAACCUCCUCUCUGCUGGACCUACAGAGACCCUCAGAGGUCCUGAUGACCUCUAUACUGUCAGCAGCAGAGUGACUGUGGAGAAGAGACACAGCAACAACAUCACCUGCAGAGUCCAACAGAGGAACACCAACCAGAGCAGAGAGACACACAUACAUGUUCCAGGCUCUGCUGUCAGGAAGGAACCAUCGGCCACUUUCAUCAUCGUGAUCGUUGGCCUGCUGUGGAUUUGUACCAUUGUCACUGUCGUGUGGAAUUUCAUACCAUCAAAAAAACCUGACCCCAAAGAGAUUGAAACUGAGAAGAAAACAACAAAACAAAAAUGCACCAGAGCUCCUGCUGACAACACUGAGAUCAUAGCAAUAAAAGCAGUCCCGCCAUCAGAACAGCUGGAAGACGACACAUCUGCUGCUGAGGAGAUCAAAGAAGGCGAGAAGGAAAAGAAACAGAAGAAACAGAAGUACAGAAUAAGUGGUUCAAAGAAAAAAGCUCAAAUUUGACGACCGUUUGUCUUAAAAACAGAACUUUAGCUCUCAUGCUGCAUCCAAUGUUUCGAGGAGCUGACGCCAUAACGUGCAUGACGUGAGACACAGAAGACUCCAAACAUGUUUGACACUCUGUUUCUGUGCUCAUCGUCACUUCAUCAUCACAUCACGGAAAACAUCAAACUUGUGAUGUGUUCAGGAGUUUUCAUCUAUGAGGGAACUGCAGUGACGUCACAGAAAAAACUAAAAACCCUGCAGUUUGUUUCGCAGCACUUCCAGACUCACACACUGCAUCGUGUGGUAAAGGCUUUACCCACUGGAGGGAACCACAGAUCUGACUGUUGUGAUAAAGCAGAGUGCACGUCAGCCUGUGGGUCACUUUUAAAGAGGAAGUUCAGAAAUGUAAAAUGAGUCAUGUGACCUUCCUUAUGCGUUUGUUUCUUUGAGUCUGUCAGCUACCUCCGCAUUAUCUGGAGGAUGUUAGGAAGUUAAUGAUUGUUGCGACUCAACAGACGGACGUGCUUUCAGCUUUUCUAGUGUGUUAUUUUCCUCAUGUGUGUCAUUGCCUUCAGUUUACAUCCAUGUUUAUCGACCAUCCAGUUUCAUGUUGUGCUUUGUGCUGCACAACUGAUGAAGUUCAGAAUCAGAUUUAUUUAAGUUUGUGCACAAACCAGUGUCACAGCUUAUAACUGAGGUGUGAGGGGUCGGCAGCAAGCUUCCACUUUCCACCGCAGAAGGACUUCAGAUUGUUUGGAAGUGACCUUACAACCUUUCUCAGAGUGAAGAGCAACAGCCUGGAUUUGAUUAGAUUCAUGUAGUGUCUUUGAAAAGUGUACAACAUAAUGAAAUGAAGUUUAGCAUCUAAUCCAAA